AUGGCUGCCCAGUCUGCGGUCCCACUGGAGGAAAUCACCUGGCGCUCUCCUCUCCAUGUGCAGACGAUGGGUGGCUUCCUUCAUUCAAACAACAUCCUCUUCUACUUCGCCGAAUCGCCCUUCUUCGACCAGACGUCAAACAACGCCUCCCUUGCCAUCCAAGCGAAUUAUAAUGAGAAUUUCCGCCCUUUCAUUGAGACACGCGAGGCCUUUGAGGGCCGGUUGAAAACCAUGCAGGGUCUGGAGUUCAUGGUCGUGCAUGACCCACUGCAGGAGGCGGCGGCGGCCGCCGCGGUGGGUGGGAAACAACAGCGAAAGCAGCAGGAGUUGUCCAAUAUUUGGGUGAUUCGGAAACAGAUGCGGAAGAAGCGGACGGGGGUGGGAUCGGGAGCUGCAGGCGGUGAUGAUGAGAUUCAAGUGCUCGCGACAUACUUUGUUGUGGGGGAUUCGGUGUUUAUGGCACCGUCGGUGUUGAGGGUUGUGGGGAGUCGGAUGCUCUCUGCGGUAACGUCUCUAACAAGAGCCCUUUCUGUCGCAUCCCCAUUGCCCACCUUCUCCCCUUCAUACGGCCACACGUACAUGCCCCCCGUCCCCAAAUCCCUCGAAGCAUCACGCCCGGGCGUACAGCAAUCCGGCCAACAGAGUGUUGGCGAUGCUCCCAUGCCCGAUGCAUCCUCACAAUCCAAGGGCGGAAGCGUCCUAUCAGCAACCGGAACAACACAACAACCAACAGCCUCGACAUCCCCGCUAGCUUCAUCAUCAACAACAACACAAGACUCCCGCAGCCUCGUUGAAGCGUUCAACCUCCUCUCCCGCUACGGCGAUGAAUACAUGGACGACGCACCCUUACUUGGUGAGCCAGGCUCCUUCAUCAUCGGAAAGACAUCCACAGAGCCGCUGGUAGUGGGGAUGCGCCAGCCUAUGAGUAGCAAGGUAUCCAAGGCUCCCACUCCCGCCCCAUCUGCUGGUGCGGGGCCCGGUGCGAGUAAACCGGGGACACCAGCAGCAACAGGAGGAGCAGCAGCGCCGCCUGCUAUCAAAACUGAUGCGGCUACCCUUGGGGCAGGGAAGGCGGGAAGAGGAGGGGAGAAGAGUCCUACUACUCCCGGGGGAGGGAAGGAGAGGGUUAAGCGGAGGAAGAGUAAGGUAUCGUCUGCUACGGUGGCGUCGUUGGCUGCAGGAUCGAGUGCGGGUGGCUCUUGA